ACGUCUUACCCUUAGAACAUAAUUUUUUAGUGUCGAAACCGCUAGAAUGGCUUAUCAUAACCAAUACAGACCACCUUAUAACAGCGCACCACCGGACCAAGGUUUCCUAUGGAAUAUCUUUCAAAGGGUGGACAAGGACAGGAGUGGAGCGAUAUCAGACUCCGAGCUCCAGCAGGCUCUGUCAAACGGCACAUGGACUCCAUUUAAUCCAGUCACAGUAAGAUCUAUCAUAGCCAUGUUUGACAGAGAGAAUAAAGGAGGCGUGAACUUUAACGAGUUUGCCGGCGUGUGGAAAUACAUCACCGACUGGCAGAACAUCUUUCGCACCUACGACAGGGACAACUCAGGCUUCAUCGAUAAGAACGAGCUCAAACAGGCUCUGACUGGAUUCGGUUACCGGCUCUCAGAUCAGUUCUACAACACACUCAUAGAGAAGUUUGACAGACAGAGGAAGGGUCAGGUGGCGUUUGAUGACUUUAUACAGUGCUGUAUUGUACUACAGAGAUUAACCGAUGUGUUCAGGCGGUAUGACACAGACCAAGACGGCUGGAUCCAAGUGUCUUACGAGCAAUAUCUCUCCAUGGUCUUCAACGUCGUAUAGCACACCAUAAAGAACACACACACACAC